UAAAACCCCUCUCUGGCUAAUGCACCACAUGCUAACAAGGCAAACACAGAGCUCUGAUGGAAGCGAGCAGCAGAGUGGUGGUGCAGGUGUUGUUGUUGACGUUGGUGGUUCAGGUCGCCCUGUCCCAGCACUGGUCCUAUGGAUGGCUUCCAGGUGGGAAGAGGAGUGUGGGGGAGCUGGAGGCGACCAUCCGGAUGAUGGGCACAGGCGGAGUGGUGUCUCUUCCUGAGGAGGCGAGUGCCCAAACCCUAGAGAGACUUCGACCAUACAAUGUAAUUGAUGACGGUUCCAGGCAUUUCGACCGAAAGAAAAGGUUCCAUAAUAAUUAAAGAGAAGGAAGAAACAGACUGCAUUUACAUUGUGAUGGGUUGGAAUGUAAGAUGCUGACUUCAAUAAAUUAUUACACAGAUAUUUAUUAAAUGUCUGUAGCAUUUUCAUCAGUGUUAGUUUGUAAUAAAGGUUUUGAAAUCUAAUGAAAUUAUUAAAUGUUUUGUCUAAUCUGA